AAGAGCCGCGGGAGCGCGGACCCGCUGCUGUCCGCCUGCGCCGCGCCCGAGUUGUGCAUCAGCGGAGCGCCCCUGCCCUAGCUUGGCUGCCCGCCCGCCGCCGCCAUGCCCUUCUCCAACAGCCACAACGCGCUCAAGCUGCGCUUCCCGGCGGAGGACGAGUUCCCCGACCUCAGCGGCCACAACAACCACAUGGCCAAGGUGCUGACCCCCGAGCUGUACUGCGAGCUGCGCGCCAAGAGCACGCCGAGCGGCUUCACAGUGGACGACGUCAUCCAGACCGGCGUGGACAACCCUGGCCACCCGUUCAUCAUGACCGUAGGCUGCGUGGCGGGUGACGAGGAGUCGUACGACGUGUUCAAGGAUCUCUUCGACCCCAUCAUCGAGGAUCGGCACGGAGGCUACAAGCCCUGCGACGAGCACAAGACCGACCUCAACCCCGACAACUUGCAGGGCGGCGACGACCUGGACCCAAACUACGUGCUGAGCUCGCGGGUGCGCACCGGCCGCAGCAUUCGCGGCUUCUGCCUUCCCCCGCACUGCAGCCGCGGGGAGCGCCGCGCCAUCGAGAAGCUGGCGGUGGAAGCCCUGUCCAGCCUGGACGGCGACCUGGCGGGCAGGUACUACGCACUCAAGAGCAUGACCGAGGCGGAGCAGCAGCAACUCAUUGAUGACCACUUCCUUUUCGACAAGCCGGUGUCUCCCCUGCUGCUGGCCUCGGGCAUGGCCCGCGACUGGCCCGACGCCCGCGGCAUUUGGCACAAUGACAAUAAGACCUUCCUGGUGUGGAUCAACGAGGAGGACCACCUGCGGGUCAUCUCCAUGCAGAAGGGGGGCAACAUGAAGGAGGUGUUCACCCGCUUCUGCAGCGGCCUUACCCAGAUUGAAACUCUCUUCAAGUCCAAGAACUACGAGUUCAUGUGGAAUCCUCAUCUGGGCUACAUCCUCACCUGCCCGUCCAACCUGGGGACAGGGCUGCGGGCAGGUGUCCACAUCAAGCUGCCCCACCUGGGCAAGCAUGAGAAGUUCCCUGAGGUUCUGAAGCGGCUGAGGCUUCAGAAGAGAGGCACAGGUGGUGUGGACACGGCUGCUGUGGGUGGGGUCUUUGACGUCUCCAACGCAGACCGCCUGGGCUUCUCGGAGGUGGAGCUGGUACAGAUGGUAGUAGAUGGCGUGAAGCUGCUUAUCGAGAUGGAACAGCGGCUGGAGCAGGGCCAGGGCAUUGAUGACCUCAUGCCUGCCCAGAAGUGAAGCCCGGCCUGCCCACCGCCAGCCCCGCUGCUUCCUAACUUAUUGCCUGGGCAGUGCCCACCACACCUCCCAAUUUCACCGCCUGGCUAGCCCUUAGCCUCACUGUAGAGACUUCUGUCACCCUUGGUAGAGUUUAUUUUUUUGAUGGCUAAGAUACUGCUGAUGCCGAAAUAAACUAGGGUUUGGCCUGCC